GUGAUUAGCAACUCAUUGUCUAUAAAGUUGUACUUUUGUUGAUAAGCGAUAACAAAAUACUUUCUUUAUCAGCGUAUUCUGUAAUUACGUGCAGAAUAAUCAUAUUAGAUCAUAAGGGAGCUUACUGUGAUACUUAGUAGUAAUAUCGUGUUACCUAUCCUAAGCAAAAAUGGCCUUAUCAAAACCAAUUAUGAAUUUGCUGGCAUCUUAUUUACAAAACUUGUAUUUACAUCCUAUUAAAACUAAAGCAAUUACAAGCUGCGUGGUGGGCACCGCGGGAAGCAUCGCUUCUCAGUUGGUUGCUGGCGAUAAUAUCAGGCUAGACCCAGUUUUAGCUUUUGGAUUGUAUGGAUUGUUGUUUGGUGGAACUAUCCCACAUUACUUCUAUGAGUUCAUUGAAGGAAUGUUCCCUGAAGAAGUUGUAGCUUUUCCACUAGCAAAGAAGCUUCUAUUUGAAAGAUUAAUAUUUGCUCCCUUCAUGCAAGCUUUUUCACUCUACACAUUGGCCAGAUUUGAAGGCAAGAAUCACAAAGCGGCACUGAAGCAGCUAUUAGCAUUGUACUUGCCUAUUUUAGAAGCUAACUGGAAAUGGCUUACUUUGUUCCAAGUUAUCAACCUAGCAUUUGUUCCUCCUAUGUUGCGGGUUCUAUUUAUGAAUCUUGUUGGAUUUGGUUGGGCCAUGUUCCUGGCCACUAAGAGACGUCAACAGAGCCAGAAAAAGAACUGAAGCAAUUAACUUAUACUCUGCACAAGGUGGUGGAUGCUAAAUAUAUUUCUACUGAUGGUGGACUGCCAAUAUACAAUCUUUUUAUAAAUAUUUACAAGAUGUCAGCGGAAGUAAUUUAUGGGAUCAAGGGUUAACAGGCUGGCUGACCCAUCCAGUGAUCUAAAUUUGUCUUUACAUGUUACAUUAUUAUUGUGUGUAGGACUGUUAUUGUACUGAUAAGCAAAUUUUAUCUUGGCAUAGUUAAUACUCCUUGAUACAUAAGACAGUAUUUAGUUAUCACACAGUCAGAUGAAUUUUAUUUUUCAAUUUUGUAAAAAGGAUUUAUAAGGAUAAAAUUUAAUUUAAUAUUUGCAACAAAGGCAAAUUAGCAUUUAACAGCAUUAAUUAAGUGUUUCUAUAAUGUGGGACCAUCUUUACUAUUGUUUAAUGUAUCUGUAAGUCAUGAAUUUGUAAUCUUGAAGAUUUGGGUAAUGGAUUAAGUUAUAAAUAUGUAUUGUUAAUGAAAAAUACUGUUAUUGUAUCUGGGUACUUUAUUUGACAACAGCAAAUUGAUCCAUUAUCUAUGUACCAAUAGGGUUUUAGUUGAAUAUACAUUAAUUGUGGAAUUGCUAAAACUAUGUUACUAAAUUCAAAUCUGCAAAAUCAAUUCUUACGCAGUGCAUUUAUUUAAAUGAGAUUUCUCUAUACAAACCAUGUAUAAGUUCUGUGUAAAUUUAGAUUUUUUAUUAAACUGUUUUUUACUGUUA